GCAGUCAAAUACAACAUACGUUAUAUCGACAUUUGUUAAGGAAACGUAGAUUUACUACAAACUCCAAAAAUGUUAUCUUUGAGGGCUCUGACAGCUUUCCUCGUAUUGGGCUAUACUAGUAUCGACUUUGUUCAAUCGUGUCAAUUGGAGACAUCAGCUGACAGUGGUACAUGUAGGAAUGUACUGAAGACAGAGGAUUUAGAGCAAGAUGGUUGGAGGAUGGUAUUUAGAGGGACAUCUGGCAAUGGUCACAGUGUUUACCAUGCUUGGAUUGACGGAAAGAAUUCAAAUCCAGACAAACCAAUUUCAAUGAAACGUUCUCAUGGUUUACAUUAUCGGGAUAACAUCUUAAACCACUGGUCCCACCUUGGUAUCAAGCUGGUGAAGUUUGCAUUCUAUAAUGCUGACAAAGAAGUGGCAUACGUGAUCUUCAACGGGUGGGACAGCGACAUACGCAGCUGGUUUGAUAAGAAACGUGUGAUCGAUUCAAGCUGGGGAGACCUGACGUCAAAAAGUGCCUUCAACUAUUUCUCUAUACCAGGUCACUAUCGCAAUGACCUUGAUCGUCGUUUCUUCAUCAACAAAAGUUAUGGCGGAUGUCCAAAUGACCGUGGCUACCUUGCAGUUAUCAAUUCAGCUGUUGCCUCCCCUGCAUGUUUGUUUGAUGACCACCCAUCCUACCCAGCGUUCAUAUAUUCAAAAUUUAAUUCGGCCGACUUCUUUCAGAGGAGAAUGUUUGGUACUGCAGAUUUCAUGGUGGUUUUAAUAAAGACAGAUUUGACUGAUACAACGAAUACUCUUUACAAGUUAUUGAAGACGGAGGAUUUAGAGCAAGAUGGUUGGAGGAUGGUAUUUAGAGGGACAUCUGGCAAUGGUCAUAGUGUUUACCAUGCUUGGAUUGACGGAAAGAAUUCAAAUCCAGACAAACCAAUUUCAAUGAAACGUUCUCAUGGUUUACAUUAUCGGGAUAACAUCUUAAACCACUGGUCCCACCUUGGUAUCAAGCUGGUGAAGUUUGCAUUCUAUAAUGCUGACAAAGAAGUGGCAUACGUGAUCUUCAACGGGUGGGACAGCGACAUACGCAGCUGGUUUGAUAAGAAACGUGUGAUCGAUUCAAGCUGGGGAGACCUGACGUCAAAAAGUGCCUUCAACUAUUUCUCUAUUACAGGUCACUAUGCCAAGGACCUUGAUCGUCGUUUCUUCAUCAACAAAAGUUAUGGGGGAUGUCCAAAUGACCGAGGCUACCUUGCAGUUAUCAAUUCAGCUGUUGCCUCUCCUGCAUGUUUGUUUGAUGACCAACCAUCCUACCCAGCGUUUAUAUAUUCAAAAUAUAAUUCGGCCGACUUCUUCCAGAGGAGAAUGUUUGGUAUUGCAGAUUUCAUGGUGGUUUUAAUAAAGACAUGAAUGUUGCGUAUCAAUUCCUAACAAUCCAACGGCAUCAUAUAUUUGCUUAUUCUUUUCUUAUAAUAUAGGCCUACUUAUUAACUUUUUUCAUUAUAUCAAGUUAACAAUGUAUCUGAUAUAAACUGUAAAUUGUAGUUUUAAGACUCUUCUCUGGUUUAUUUUUCUGACAUAUCUAAACAAAUCUGUGGCAUAUAUACAACCUGAAUAGUGUGGUUAUGUACAUGUACAUCUUAAAAUAAAGUGGAGCAAAAAAUUU